ACAGCGGCCAGGCAGUGCACAGGCCGGCCUGGCCUGGAGGGGAAGGACCCAGCGCUGCCCGGACGAGUGAGCUCGGGGCCUCAACCUGGCCGUGCCAGCCAAGAGGGUCGUGCCCGGGCCCCGCUGACCCCGGCUACCAGCCCAGGACCAUGUCAUCAGGCCCGCAGGUGUGGCACACGGCCACGCCGCCUGCCGGCAGGAGCAGACCCACAGCCACAGUGCCCAGGUCCCCCGGCUCGGCCGGCAGCCCCAGGUCCCCUGGCACCCCUGGAUCAGAGAAAGUGGCCUCCCCCCUGGAGUGCUCCAUCUGCUUCUCGGGCUACGACAACAUCUUCAAGACACCCAAGGAGCUCUCCUGCACCCAUGUCUUCUGCUUGGAGUGCCUUGCACGGAUGGCAGCCACCCAGCCCGCAGGCCAGCCGGGCAGCGAGGCCGUGCCCUGCCCGUUCUGCCGGCGGCCCACGGCCAUGCCCGCUGCCGGGGCCCCCGCGCUGCACACCAGCCGCCAGCUGCAGGCUCGGAUGCCGGCACACCUGCGGCGGGAAGAGCCCGUGUGGCUGGAGGGCACCAAGCUGUGCUGCCGCCUGCCGCCUUCUGCGCCUGGCCCUGUGGCGCCUGGCUUCGUGUAUGUGGACGUGAGCCCGAGCAAGCCCGCCACGCCCACAGCGCCCGUGCCCACCCCGGGCCCUGCCCGCCGUCGGGGCUGCCUGGCCCGCUGCUGGGCGCACCGCAGCGACUGGAAGCGCGCGGCACUCAUCGCGGCGCUGCUGUUUGUGCUCUUCUGCGUGGUGCUCUGGCCCGUGCAGUGCGCGCUCAGGACCGGGAGCCUGCACUGCCUCCCCCGGCCGCCCCCCGCCGCCGCCACAGCCGCCACCACCUUCUCGCUUGGGUCCCUGGCUGACAGCUAGGGUUACCACCCCCAUCCCCGGGAUCCCAGAGGAGCCCCCUGGGAUCUCUGAGGAACCCAUACCCGGUUCGGCACACCUGCCCCCCGCUCUCUGGCCCUGGCUCCUAUCGGGUGGACAAAAUGGUCCCCCGAGCUCCCAGGGAUCACAGAUCCCUUUGGGCCCCAGAGGCCGCCCUCCAAACUUCCAUCUUGCAGAUGGGGAGACUGAGGUCCAGGAGAGAGCUUGGCGAGGCCCCCUCCCCGUACACACUGUGAAUCGCCCGCAAGACCAGCCCCUUGCUGAAAAGGGAGCGGGCUCGCCAUCUUUCUUUUAUUUUCACAUUUCGCCCACGGCUCCUCCCUUCCCCAGGCAGGGCUGGCCCCUCCCCUUGGGUGGCCAGGGGGACAG